AUGGUUUCCAAGCUCGCUCUCGCUCUUUUCUUUGGCAACGCCCUUGCUGGUCUUGCCGGGCGAGCCCUUCCUCCUCGUUGUGCCGUUGCCGACCCUACUCCCCAGCAGGUCGAGCACGCCCAGAACUUGAAGAAGAUUGAGUCUAUCUCCAAGGUUGCUGCCGCUUCUAUCGUCGUUGACACCUACUUCCACGUUGUCUCCUCAUCUUCGUCCAAGUACAUCUCAACUGCCAAGCUCCAGGCUCAGCUGAAGGCCCUCAACGACGCUUACAGCCCCAACGGCAUUACCUUCAAGCUCAUCGACACUACCUUCACCACCAACUCCAACUGGGGUGCUGGCAAUGGUGAACUUGCUAUGAAGCGACAGCUCCGCCAGGGCGAUUACAAGACCCUCAACCUUUACUUCACCGAUGUCGCCAAGCUUGGAGGCCAGGAGGCUCUUGGUUACUGUUACUUCCCCGAGCCCAACAUCUCAACCGGCUCUCAGAAGUUCAUCCUCGACGGUUGCGUCAUCGUCGCUGAGACCGUUCCUGGUGGCACUGCUGCUCCUUACAACCUGGGAGGUACUGCCGUCCACGAGGUUGGUCAUUGGUUCAACCUCUUCCAUACCUUCCAGGAUGGUUGCAACGGUGGUGACCUCGUUGCCGAUACCCCUGCCCAGGCCCGCCAGACAAGUGGAUGCCCUGCUCGCAUGGAUACCUGCCCCAACCAGGCUGGUGACGACCCUAUCCACAACUACAUGGAUUACUCCGAUGAUGUUUGCUACGAGGAGUUCACUCCUGGACAGGAGACCCGCAUGCACUCUGCUUGGACUGCUUACCGCAAAUAG